CUCAAGGCACCUGCAGCUGUGUCACGGACGACUCUUCAAUCGAAUUCUGACAAGACGCUAUGCCCCCCAAAGCAGACAUUAACAAAGCUGGAUGGGAGCAAAGUGAAUUUCCCAUUCUUUGCGAGACAUGUUUAGGCCCUAAUCCAUUCGUUCGAAUGUCCAAGCAGGAAUUUGGCCGGUCGUGCGGCACUUGCGCACGCCCUUUCACUGUCUUUCGUUGGAACCCAGGAUCAGGGGCUCGCUACAAGGCAACCGUCAUUUGCCAGACUUGCGCAAAAGUGAAGAAUGUCUGUCAAACCUGUCUCCUAGACCUUGAGUAUGGCCUACCCACUCAAGUCCGCGACACCGCGCUUGCCAUCCAAAGUGAGGCACCUACCAGUGACAUCAAUAGAGAAUACUACGCCCAAAACAUGGAAAGCAAGAUGGAGGAUGGAACAAAGUCAAUGAUGGAAGUCGGGAACCGGGCGUCGUCUGCUGGAAAGGAAAUGCUCAAACAGCUGGCUCGGACUAAUCCAUAUUAUAAACGGAACAGGCCCCACAUUUGCUCCUUUUAUGUGAAAGGAGAGUGCAAAAGAGGCUCAGAGUGCCCAUACAGGCAUGAGAAACCAAUGGAGAAUGAACUCUCGCACCAGAACAUUCAAGAUCGGUACCACGGCCAUAACGACCCAGUUGCCAAAAAGAUCAUGUCGACCCAUGCGACUAAUCAAGGAUUAACGCCACCCGAGGAUGAGACGGUUACAUCCUUGUUUUUAUCAUCGUUGCCUACGGAUGCAAACGAAGAUAGUAUUCGUACUUAUGUCGUCAACUCACUUACGCACAUUUCCGCGUCCCAGCUCAAGUCAGUAGUAUACGUAGCGAAAUCAAGAUGCGCAUUCGUCAACUUCAAGGAUCGGCCAACGGCCGAGAGCGCGGCGCAGGCCUGGGCAAACGGGUUGGACAUGGACGGCGACCGUAUUUCAGUCCGUUGGGGCAGAGGGAAGACUGGCGCACCGAAGUCUAAACCGACACCAACCGCCAGCCCAUGACCUCGUAACUACUAGCAGGUUUGCGGUCAUGGCCUCGAACCUACGGCACCUCAGCGUGGACGCUUCAAAUCCCAAUGCACGUCCUAGGUUCACUGAGCGGAGUCAGCUUCAGCUAUAGCUACCAAUGCCAAUGCAAUGGUCCUUUGUCCGAC